UCUUUUUUGUUGAAGUGUAGCACAUAAACGGAAAACCUGGCGAGCACUGCCAUUGUUCGCGAUAAAAAGGCUUCGAGCAAGCUAAACGUGUCUAAAAAAUUGAAGUAAAUCGUCAAUAGUGCCAAUAAUCACACCAAAGUGAUGUUUUAAAUGUGCAAUAAUGGCUGAAUUCCAAUAAGAAUUAUCAAGAAUUAUCAACUUACGACUAUUUAUACGCCCUGUGCUGUACACACCAACAAUGGACGUUAAGGUUGAGGCGUUCAUCAAAAGCGAAGAAAACCGAGGAGCGAUGCCUCUGAUUGGAAGUAGCAGUUCGUCGGGCGGCGCUCCAACAGUGGGUGGAGGAGCCGUGGGAAUCGGAGCAUCCGCCACGUUGAGCGUGGAGCUGUGCCUGGUGUGCGGAGACCGCGCCUCCGGGCGGCACUACGGCGCCAUCAGCUGCGAGGGCUGCAAGGGCUUCUUCAAGCGCUCGAUCCGCAAGCAGCUGGGCUACCAAUGUCGGGGCGCUAUGAACUGCGAGGUGACGAAGCACCAUCGGAAUCGGUGCCAGUUCUGCAGGCUGCAAAAGUGCCUGGCCAGCGGCAUGCGAAGUGAUUCUGUGCAGCACGAGAGGAAGCCGAUUGUGGACAGAAAGGAGGGAAUCAUUAACGCGGCAGCAGGUGGCUCAUCCGCUUCUGGUGGUGGAGGAGGCUCCUCCACUUACCUCUCCGGGAAGGCGGGCUAUCAACCGGGUGGGCGUGGUAAGGGGCACAGUGUCAAGGCCGAGGCCGCAGCCACUCCCCCUGUGCAGAGCACCACAGCCACGCCGUUCAAUUUGAAUGAGAAUUUGUUUCCAAUGGGGCUGAACUUUGCCGAAUUAACGCAGACCCUAAUGUUUGCCACCCAACAACAGCAGCAACAGCAACAACAGCAGCAGCAGAGCGGCAGCUAUUCCCCUGACCUUCCCAAGGCAGAUCCCGAGGACGAUGAAGACGACUCGAUGGACAACAGCAGCACGCUGUGCCUGCAGCUCUUGGCCAACAGCGCCAGCAACAAUAAUUCGCAGCACCUGAACUUCAAUGCUGGCGGAGAAGCGCCGACGAGCACACUGCCUACAACCUCGACAAUGGGCCUCAUCCAGAGCUCGAUGGACAUGCGGGUGAUCCACAAGGGACUGCAGGUUCUGCACCCCAUUCAGAAUCAGUUGGAAAAGAGUGGGAAUCUAAGUUUGAAGCCCGAAUGCGAUUCAGAGGCGGAGGACAGCGGCACCGAAGACGCUGCCGAUGGUGAACUGGAGCACAUGGACCUUGACUUUGAGUGCGGUGCGAAUCGUGGUCCCAGCGCGGGCGACUUUGUGGUUAAUGAGGUGGUAUUUGAACAGGAUCUACUUACUGACGCCCAGUGCGCCUUCAAUGUUCAGCCCCCCACAUUGGUUCACUCGUACUUGAACAUCCACUAUGUGUGUGAAACGGGAUCGAGGAUCAUAUUCCUUACUAUCCACACCCUUCGCAAGGUACCGGUGUUUGAUCAGCUGGACGCCCAUAGUCAAGUGAAACUGUUGCGGGGUGCCUGGCCAGCUCUGAUGGCUGUUGCGUUGGCUCAAUGUCAGGGCCAGCUAUCGGUGCCCACGAUUAUUGGGCAGUUUAUACAGAGCACUCGACAACUGGCAGAUAUUGACAAGAUCGAGCCCCUUAAGAUCUCCAAGAUGGCCAAUCUCACGCGCACCCUCCACGACUUCCUUCAGGAACUGCAGUCGCUGGAAGCCACAGACCUGGAGUUCGGACUUGUGCGACUAAUCCUGCUCUUCAAUCCCUCCCUACUCCAGCAGCGCAAGGAGCGUCAGCUAAGGGGAUACGUUCGAAAAGUUCAACUCAAAGCUUUAUCCAACUUACGCCGACAGGGGGGUGGUGGUGGAGAGGAGCGCUUCCAUGCGCUGGUGGCCAGACUACUGCCACUGAGCAGCCUGGAUGCGGAGGCCAUGGAGGAGCUGUUCUUCGCCAAUUUAGUUGGCCAGAUGCAGAUGGAUGCCCUGAUUCCGUUUAUACUGAUGACCAGCAACACCAGUGGCCUGUAGUUGAAGGGACAAUAAAGAAUUUGGUGGGCGGGCCAUGAAGCUGCGCAACGCCCACAAGCAAGACUGAAGAUGGACCAAGUGCGGGCAAUACAAGUAGAAAUAAGGAAAACCCCCAUAAUAUAUAUUUAAUAAAUAUUUUGUCAGACAAUAUUCACACGCAUGGGACGUGAGUUUAUUGUUAUUCGCAAUAUAAUUAAAUGAAAUCAAUUUACAAAAUAAAAUAAAGAAUGUUUUUUAAACAAUGUUUACAAAA